GGCCGCCGCACCACCUCGUGGCCCCGAUCGAAGCCGCAACACCCACCCCACCCGCGCACGCGCAUGCAAUGCAUGACGAUCGACGCCCCGACGCCCACCGCCACGAGCACCGCCCAUGGCCGGCUUCCUCCAGCGCCACGUCCUCCCGCCCUUCCGCCGCCCGCCGCUCCCCUUCUUCCGCCACGGCGCCGGCACCGCGGCCUCCUCCAACCAGCCCCAGGGCCGCCGGCCAUGGACGCCCAGCCGCAUCCUCGACCCCGGGGACGACGUCGUCCUUAACUGGAACCGCCUCUUCCUCGUCACCUGCAUGGUCGGCCUCUUCGUCGACCCCAUGUACUUCUACCUCCUCUACGCCAAGACGCAGGCGUGCGUCAAGAUGAACAUGGGCAUCGGCGUCGCCGUCACCGCCGUGCGCACCGUCGCCGACCUCUUCUACCUCGCGCACAUGAUCCUCAAGUUCCGCACCGCUUUCGUCGCGCCCAGCUCGCGCGUCUUCGGGCGCGGCGAGCUCGUCAGGGACCCCGACCAGAUCGCCAUCCGAUACCUCAAGAACGACUUCAUCAUCGAUCUCGCCGCCAUGCUCCCGAUUCCCCAGAUCAUUAUCUGGUUUGUCAUACCAGCUGUGAGCACCACCUCAGCAAACCACACCAACAACACGCUCUCGAUGAUCGUGCUGAUCCAGUACAUACCCAGAGUGUUCCUCAUCAUAUCCCUCAACUCCAAGAUCGUUAAGUCCAGUGGAGUGGUCACAAGAACUGCCUGGGCAGGGGCUGCCUACAACCUGCUUCUCUACACGCUGGCCAGUCAUGUUCUGGGAGCCCUGUGGUACCUGCUGUCCAUAGAGAGGCAGUACACCUGCUGGGUGGACCAAUGCACAAGCGAUAAUGGCACUGACCCCAGGGUGCCCAUAUGUGACAUGAGCUAUCUGGACUGCAAAACGCUCGAGGACCCUGUUCGGAUGAAGUGGCACGCGGCUAGCAACAUCACUAAGCAGUGCGGGCUUCCCGGGGCGAGAUUUGAGUACGGAUUGUUCGAGGAUGCUCUCAAGCUCGAUAUCGUCGAUGCGUCCUUCUUCGAGAAGUAUCUCUACUGCCUCUGGUGGGGUUUCCGGAACUUGAGUUCUUAUGGACAGAAUUUGCAGAACAGCACCUACGCAGGGGAGACUAUAUUCUGCAUCCUCAUCUGCAUCAUGGGCCUUGUUUUCUUCUCACAUCUCAUUGGAAACAUGCAGACGUACUUGCAGUCGAUGACGGUGAGGCUGGAGGAGUGGCGGGUGAAGCGGCGCGACAUCGAGGAGUGGAUGCGUCACCGGCAGCUUCCCCUGGAGCUCCAGGAGCGCGUCCGGAGGUUCUUCCAGUACAAGUGGCUGGCCACCAGAGGCGUCGACGAGGAAUCCAUCCUCCAGUCUCUGCCCCUCGACCUCCGCCGCGAGAUCCAGCGCCACCUCUGCCUCGCCCUCGUCCGGCGGGUACGUUGCCACGCCAUAUGCCAUUUGCUCUCCGCCGCCGGCACGGUGACUGUGACUCCGACGCUGAACGUCGGCAUUAACUGUGGUCUUGCUUGCAUUGCAGGUGCCCUUCUUCUCGCAGAUGGACGAGCAGCUGCUGGACGCCAUCUGCGAGCGGCUGGUGUCGUCGCUGAGCACCAAGGACGCGUACAUCGUGCGGGAGGGCGACCCCGUGAGCGAGAUGCUCUUCAUCAUCCGCGGCGAGCUGGAGAGCUCGACGACGGACGGCGGCCGGACCAACUUCUUCAGCUCCAUCACGCUCCGGCCGGGGGACUUCUGCGGCGAGGAGCUCCUGACGUGGGCGCUGAUGCCCAACCCGAGCCUCAACUUCCCGCAGUCGACGCGCACGGUGCGGUCGGUGACGGAGGUGGAGGCGUUCGCGCUCCGCGCCGAGGACCUCAAGUACGUGGCCAACCAGUUCAAGCGCCUCCACAGCAAGCGGCUGCAGCACGCGUUCCGGUACUACUCCCACCAGUGGCGGAGCUGGGGCGCCUGCUUCGUGCAGGGCGCCUGGAGGCGGUACAAGAAGAGGAAGCUCGCCAGGGAGCUCAUGAAGCAGGAGGGGCUCCUCUACGACCAGGGCGACGGCGGCGACGACGACGGGCAGGGCGGGGCCGGCGCCAUCGCCGGCGCCGACGCCAGCACGCCGCUGCUCGGCGAGUACAAGGGCGGCGCUGGUGCGGCGUCGUCGUCCGCGGAGGGCGGCGACGGCGGCGGCACGCACCUGGGCGCCACGUUCCUGGCAUCCAAGUUCGCCAAGAACACCAAGAAGGGCGCGCACCAGAAGAGCAUGUCGCAGCGGAUCGACGACGUGUCCACCAUGAAGUUCCCCAAGCUGGCCAAGCCGGACGAGCCGGACUUCUCUUUGCACUCCGAGGACACGCUGUAAAAAAGGAACACGAUACGUACACUGCGUGCAGCCGAAACCACUACCGUUUGUUCUCUUGUUCGGUUGUUCCUCCUCCUCUUUUGUUGGGUCACUAAACGCUGGUCAGGAUCAUGAAAGGGCUGCUGCGUAGAUAGAUGGAGCUGGAGUCGCAUGUUGUACUGUACACUAGUGCUGAUUUAGUAAAGUUGAUCUUACUUUUUUUUUGAGGGGUGUAAAGUUGAUCUUACUUGAGAAACACUUACCG